AUGUCGUCGCCUACCGUUCGCAGGAAGCGAGUCAAUCGCUACUAUCAAAUGACGGACAAAUCCGAAGUAUAUCGGAUUGCUAUGGGUGAGUGGACUAAUGACAAGAAGACUUUGGAGGAUACCAUCGUCGACUUGAGCACCUCUGAGAAGACUUCUGAGACUGACCGCACCACUCGUAAGAGUGAAGUUUGUCAGCAGGAGGAAAGGGCACUUGCUGCAGAAGAUAGAUACUCACAUGAAGUGAUUCUCCAUGCAGAGUCGAUCAAGACCAUCAAGGCCCUCAAGCAACAACUAUCCGUCGCUCAAACUACCUCUAGGGAAAACCUGUCAGAAGCUGCUAAUGCCCAAGCUAAGCUGCAUCUCGAGACUGUCAACACUCAAGCUACGCGUAUACGUCAGGCUGCAGACUCCUCCGCUACAGAUGGCACUUCUGGUGACGCAGAUAUCGGUGGCGAUGUGGAUACUAAAGUUUCGGAACUCAGAUCUGUUGUGGCUUACUUGCGCAAGGAGAAAGAGAUAGUCGAUCUCCAGCUUGAGCUCAGUAAACAGGAGAACGUCCGCUUGAAGGCUCAGAUCGAGCAUCUGACUCAGAGUUUGCAAGAAACCAGGGCAAUCCUGAGGAACGGGAACGGGCGAUGGAAGCGGCAACUUUGGAUGCUCAGCACGGUGAAAUGUUGGAAAGGAUCAACCAGUUCAACAUUCUUCGGGAAAGCAAUGCCACCCUCUGCGCUGGCUGCGAGACUUAUGCUAAACGAACAGGCUCGUGAGCUAGGAGCUAGAGAUGCACAGAUCACAUGUCUUGAGGGAGAGAGCCGCCGUUGUCAAGAACGCAAUGCGCAGUUGCUGAGCAAAUACGAUCAUGAAAUUGAAACGCUGAAAACUCAGAAGGCUGAUGCGGAGAAAUUGGCUACAGAACAUGAAGAACGAGCAAACACUAUCCAGGCCCGGAUACAUUUUUUUUCAAAUGAUAAUGCCGUUCUGACCAGUCUCAAGCUCUCGCGUCUCGAACCUAACCUCAGAACCCACAAAGAUAACAACACCAAAAAUGCCGACAAGUUCAAAUCUAGCCUUGGGUUACUUAACAGCGAGAAGUCUCAGCUCAAUGCCACCGUCAAUGAGCUCGAGGGCAAGAUCAAAAUUCUUACUGCCGAACGAGACGCAUUGCGCACCACUUCGGCAUCUGAUGCAUCGCAGCAGUUGAACUCCCAGCUAGAGACGCUACGGCAGGAGAAAGUCGCUUUGGAGCGAGCGUCGGCCAAUGAGAGAGCUGCUUCCCUCAGGGAGGAGAGAGAUAGGCUUUUAGCAGAAAAGGAGGCUCUGAGCAAAGCUGGAUCCUCUACUCUAACUUCCGACACUGCACGCUCCUGGGAGUCGGAAAAGCUUGAACUCAUAAAGGCGCGAGAUGAGGCAUUAGCGCAUGCUAAUACCUUAGACGAUACGGCGAAAAAGGCGCCCGAUGAUGUCAAGAACCUCCAUCAAUGCAACGAUAAAUUCCAAGCUGAAAUUCAGGAAAUGCACCGAGCCGGAGACAGGUUCAACUCAGAACAAGCAGCCAUUGUUGCCGCUGCUGUCGAGAAGGCCAAGAGUGAAAUGACUGCUGGCGGUACUUCUGUAAAUACCGAGGAACUUUCGAAGAAGCAUGCCCAAGAACCGGAGGCUCUACGAGCUCAGCUGACUACUCAGCAUGAGGCAGCUCUCAAGGCAGCAGUGGACGCUCCAAGAACGACAUAG